CCCUGUGUCUCCGGUAUUAACACCUGGCGAGGAAGUGUUGCAAGGAGACCCACUACAAGGCAGCCUCACCAGCUGUGUGAUUUGGUGAUUUGGCCAGAUUAAGGAAGGAAAGCGCGUCCGCCUGGAGUGUGGAAUGAACGUACAGGGUGAUCAUUACCCUUAUCAGCGCUGCCGUCACUGUCGCCGCAUGUGAGACACCCCCUCCUCCCCAAGGCCAGUGAUUGCGCCAGAGCUCCUGCGCGCUGGCAAGCAGGCGGAGACAGAGACACAGACGGGCAGUCAGAGACGCACGGACCCUGAUGAUCUACUUAAGACCAGCAGAGCAACUAGUACAAGAGCGCGUCAGCGGCGAGAGCACCAUCCCACUGGCCCGAGCUCUUCCCGCGCUGUGGGUUCCUGCCUUCCCCAUUUACCCUGUACCCGAGUCUCCUCCCCGCGCAUUUCCCGCUCCCCGCUUUCCAUUGCCAGCCCUGCGGCCGCCUUCCCGCCCCAAUGCGCCCGACCAGCUUUUGCCCCCAUGCUUCCAGUCCCCCUUGCACGCCUCUCCCAGCCUAGGGGUCAGACCCUCCCCCAGGCUCCUCCAGUACCAGGCUCGAUCCCACCCCCCUUCGGUCCCGCCCCUCCCCGCGAGGUCCCGGCCGGGUUGGCUGGUACUAUUCUCCAAGACCCACGUGCCGGCCAUUCCCCGCCACAGUGCGGGAACCUCCCACUCCAGCUGCCUCGGUUCCCGGGGUAGCUGGGCGCGCUCCUGCCCCCGGCCCCGCCUCUUUCCCCUGGCCAGUACCCGCCCCGCCUCCACCGCGCCCCGCCCGCCGUGCUCUGCCGCAGUCGGGCGCUCAUCGUCAUUCCGCUCUUGCCGCCGCCGCCGCCACCCCCGCCCCCCGCCCCCGCCCCCGCCCCCGCCCGGUCCCCGCCACCGCCGCCGCCGCCGCCUGCCCAGCGGCCCGGGAGGCGGAGGCGCGGGGGAGGAGGCCCCGCUUGGCUCCUCAGCCCCGGAUGCUGCAUGACUUCAUCCUUCCGC